UGACGAGGCCCCGGAUAUGACGUCGCGUCACCGGUGCCGGCAAACAGCGAGCGCACGAGAGAGAGGUCACACAUGUAAAAUCAGUUGACAUUCAUCUUCAGUCAGUUAUCAGAUCGAUCUGUCUGAUUGAUCAUCAUGGUGUUCCUCACGCUCUCCUGCUGGAUCCGGAACCGCGGACCGGACCGGUACUGGAAAGUCCAGGAGCUCCUGAAGAACGCGCGGCAUUUCCGCGGCAGGAAGAACCGCUGCUACAGUCUGGCGGUGCGCGCAGUCCGCAGAGCGUUCAUUUACGCCAGCAAAGCGCGAAAAGCCAAACGACGCAAUAUGCGACAGCUGUGGAUCUCGCGCAUCGCCGCGGCCUCCAGAGAGCACCACAUGAAGUAUCCCGCGCUCGUUCACAACCUGCUGAAGAGCAGCGUCCAGCUGAACAGGCGUGUGCUGUGCGACCUGUCAAUCACAGAGCCGCGCUCUUUCCUCGCGCUGGCCAAACUCGCGCGUGCGCGCCAGCAGGAGGGGUUCAGAGCCGCGCUGGGCGACGGGAACGAGCCGCCGGGGGUUUUCUCCCGCAUCACACAGCUGUCCUGACCGACCAAUCCAUGUGUUCCUGUAAAUAAGUGUUGUUUGUGUGUGUUUAUGAAUACCAAUAAAACAUUUUCCUGUAA